CCUGGGUGCCGGCCCGGCCAGUCCCGUCCCGCAGCCGCAGCCAUGAGCACGCACCGCGUCUCCCUGCAGGGCCCGGGGCCGUGGGGCUUCCGCCUGGUGGGGGGCAAGGACUUCGAGCAGCCGCUCACCGUGUCCCGGGUGACUCCGGGAAGCAAAGCUGCAAUAGCCAGUUUAUGCAUAGGAGACGUCAUCAUGGCAAUUGAUGGAGUGAACACAGACAAUAUGACACACUUAGAAGCACAGAACAAAAUUAAGGCCUGCAUAGAUGAGAUAAAUCUGACAGUUGGAAGAAGUGAAUCCAAAAUCUGGUCACCUCUUGUGACAGAGGAGGGAAAAACCAAUCCAUAUAAAAUGAAUCUGGCCUCUCAGCCCCAGGAAAUAAGGCACAUAGGAAGUGCGCACAACCGGAGUGCUAUGCCAUUCACUGCUGCCACAGCUUCAGGCACUGCACCCAAAGUGAUCACUGCUCAGUACAACAAUCCAGCAUGCCUGUACUCCUCAGAAAACAUCCAGACCUUCAACAAUGCUGUGGAGUCUAAGUCAGCGGGGGGUGUACAGGACCCCAGUAAAACCUUAGAGCAACCUCAUCAGCCAUCAAGUAACAUUGUCAUAGACAAGGAGUCAGAGGUGUAUAAGAUGCUGCAGGAGAACCAAGAGGCAAAUGAGCCACCCAGACAAUCUGCUUCCUUCCUGGUAUUGCAAGAAAUUUUGGAAUCUGAAGAGACAGGAGACGCAAGUAAACCUUCUGGCUUUAGAAGCGUGAAACCCCCCACAACCAAAGUGGCCUCCUCCAUUGGGAAUGCCCAGAAGUUGCCCGUAUGUGACAAGUGUGGAUCUGGCAUUGUGGGCGUGUUUGUGAAGCUCCGGGACAAGCACCGUCACCCGGAGUGCUACGUGUGCAGCGACUGUGGGACAAACCUCAAGCACAAAGGACACUUCUUUGUGGAAGAUUGCAUCUACUGCGAGAAGCAUGCCCGGGAGCGGGUGACUCCCCCUGAGGGCUAUGAAGUGGUCACCGUCUUCCCAAAGUGAAUGACUGCAUCAACAACACAUUUUUUCCCCUCUCCACAGCUGUUUCUCAAAAAUAACCCCCCCACUCCUUUCUGAAUUCUCUUUGCAAUGAGGAAUAUUAGGCAUGGCUUUUUAUUUUGCUGCCACAUUAAUCCUUCAUCUGUUAGCAAUAGCUGCCACUAAUUGUUCCACAUUUACUUUCUUUUUUUUAGAAGAGGAAAAAGCUGAGGAACUCAUUGGGAUCCUUUUUUUUACUAUCCGAUCCUUCUCCUUUCACUGUCCAUUACAAACAGAAAUUGGGAGCCAAAGCCAAAUCACAGAUGUGCUGUGUCUCAGUUCUUUGCCUUCUGUUCACUUUCAAUAAAUGGGGUGAAUCCA